AUGGCCGAACCGUCCGAAGACGACAUCGGCAACUUCGUCAGCUUCACAGGUCUGCCGCGAGAAAAGGCCAUAUUAUUUCUGAAAACAAAUAACCUCGAUUUGCAGAAGGCCGCCAAUGCCUAUUUCGAAAACCCGGCCGGCGUUCCAUCGGAGGUCGAGCCGGAAAAUGAAUGGGUUUCUUUCAACAACCCAUCGUACUCCCAAGGUGCUCAGUCCUUGCCAACGUUCCACAUCGAGCAUCUAGACAGUACUCCCGGAAAUGACUAUUCAGCUGCUCCGUCGCGUCCGCCAUCUAGGAUGAACCUUGAUGAAACUCUGACAGAUCGUAAGUACGAAGAAAACAAUCGCGAUAAUGCGGGUGCAGAGUCUUCGCGAAUGAACCUGAGUGCGGCCCAACUCGAGGAGCGCGAUCUCCAACAGGCUGUGGCCAUGUCGCUCAGCCACCAGGAAAGCGGGGUUAUUACAGAUACUGAAAAUUCUCGCUUCGGUCCUGCUACUAGAGACACCUACGACGAAAGCUCGUGGGGGCUGACAGUUGUCAAUUCGAGUGCAAGGGAGGAAAUUAUCAGCCCAGAUCCAGAAGAUCGCCGACGUCAUGCCGAGGAACCGACUUUCCUUCGGCCCUCACAAGAAGCCCUUCACCUUGGAGGGUUCCUCACUAUCCUUCAUUCGAUCCCACUUGCACGAGAAGCUCUUCUGCUUAGAGAAAAAGUCAUCCCUGAUUAUGGCCACGAUGCGCAGUGGUGGAAUGGACAACCGAUCCUGACGCCCCGAAUCGUGUCUCUUGACAAUCCCUACGCCGAAGAGAAAGACUCUGAUGAUAUUCUAUGCGAGACUCAACGAUUGAUGGCUUUUCUUGAUUCCACGCGGCGCGCUUUCGGAAGCGCCGAUGCUCUUGCUAGCCUGAUGCCUGGAUACAGUUACGGCGGCGAUAGCGGCGUGGAGAAAUUUUUGGAAGCAUGGCAAGAAGCAGCUGUGCGGGCGACUCCAGCCAACCAGCUCUCUACAAUUUUCUCUUCUUGUGCAAUGAGAGAAGCGGUAUCUGAUAUGGACUCAUCCAACCAAAGAGAAUUCUUCGUUCUCAACACCUACGUGGACUCUGGACAGAGUCAGACUCUCUACGAUAUUUUGGAUGAUGCCAUCUGGCCCGACGUGCCCGGAGAGGAGCUGGACGAUGUUUGGCUCGACCAUGUCGGUACCGAUGCCAUCAAUGUUAAAGUCCCUCCAGUCUUCUAUCCAGAUCGAUAUAUGGAGGCGCGCCGUGACACGGUUCGUGAGCUUCGAUUGAAGAGGUUAGAUGUUAUUAAAACUAUAAGCCGCCUUGAAAGCAUGGCAGCUCGUUAUAAAUGCGCGGAAUCUGCCUCUCAGGCAGGAAUGUCCAAUCAAGAGCUGUUAGAGAAGGCAGCGCAAGCGGCUAUCGUUGCCUUGUCAAAGUAUCUACCUCCAGGGUCUGUUGGAUUCAAUAGUUCCGAAGUACAAGAAGUGGCUGAACAGCUCCGUGGCAUUGCAGGUCUCCUAAGAGACAAGCUGAAUCAACUUGAUGCUGCAAAGCAAGAAGCUCGCGAUACCCUGAGGGACUACUCUAAGAUCUUGACAAAUUCAUCAACAUCUCCCGAAGUUUCGCCAUAUUACAAAUACACUCUCAUGGGCAUUUGUACGUCACCUCAUAUAACCUAUGUUCUAAGGAAACAUAACUCUGGCGACGCAGAAGAGGACUUGAUUGAAAUGGAAGAAAAACGGCCCGAAGAGGAAUGGCAGUGGUGGCGAAUAAGUUUCUCGACGGACGACGCCAAAACACAGCAAGCUGCCAAGCCAGAGGGCCAGAAGACAAGAAGCAACAAAACUAGCAAUGCAGAUGUUAUCGGUUACACUACCAUCAAAGUGAGAGAGACCGAAGUGCUCAAGGCGGCGAGGGAAUCGAAAAGUCUCCUGCUGGUAUACGCGAAUGCCAAUGCUGCUGCUUUUCCACACAAACCUUCGCCGUCAGCUCUGCAGGAAUUUGUGAAUAUAGAUAACAUUAGUUUCCAAGCGGAGCUUGACGCGGCAGCGCGUAUAUACCAUGAUGAUAAGGAUCUGCGCGAAUCUGGCGACGCUACUAUGGAUGACUGGCCUAAUGUGGACGUUGACGAUGAAACAACACCUGCGGCAACUGAUGUGAUCACUCCAGCUUCGUCUUCUUCCGUACACGGCAUAACUCCAGUCAGAAUGUCGUUGGAAGCGAGCACUAUUGCGUCUGCGACUAUCGAGAUACUCGAGGGUCGCUUACGGCGCCUAGAAUACCUUUUGACUGGCGACUCGCAGUGGACCGGCCAGCCGUCUGCGGCACCAAAGCCAGAGUCUUUCGACGACACCGUCGCGCGCCGUUUGAAUCACUUAGAAACUGCGCUCAACUCUCUCAGCAAAUCGAAUCCAGCUGUUCGUGAUCUGUUGCAGCUUUACUCUCGGUUUCCCGAUCUGUUCCCAGCGACAGCAGCCGCGGGCAGCGAUAAUAUUCCAACGGACCUAAGCACACAGAGUCUGGCUUCUAUAGUUUUGUCUUAUGCAACUGCUUUCCCCGAGACGUCAUCGCGCCUCGCAUCACUCAAGGAUCUUCCCAUCCCCGACCCACAUGCCUCGACCGCGUUGAUCGAACUUGAACCACGCCUCCAGACACUGCUGCAGAUCCAAGAACAACAAGCGACUGAGAUAUCUGAGCUGCGGACGCGCAGUGCUCAGCUUCUACAGCGUUGGUACGAAUUAGGGAUUCUUGGCAGUAGCGAGUGUUGGGCGGAAUGGGAAUCACGGCUAGAAGAUGUCGAGCGUGAAAUCAAGCGGCGCGAAGUUAUACAUGAUCGGAGAGCCAAGGAAAUAUGA